GCCUAUUCGUAGAGAUUCAUUUUCUAACCACUAACUACCUCAUCUCUGCGGACUUGAAGCAUCUAAACAAGAACAACCCGAUUUUUUGUGGUUGUUGGUUUUUUUUGGACAAAAGAAAGCAUCUAUAAUACUUUUACAGUAUAUUGAGAAAAUUUAUCUUUAUUUUGCGCGAGAUUUGGAUUCAUAGUCAAACGAUACUCUCUUGGUUUUUCCUCUUUCAACAUACAGUAUCAUUUCAGUUUCCUUCUUACUUUAUAACCUACUUUUUUAUUCAACUCUCUUUCGUUGGUUGCCGCUGAACUGACUUGUUUCUGUUUAUUAUAUAAAAAUUUAGAUUGUUUCUGUCAUGUCUACCGCUACACUCUACACGGCUUUGCGUGGAGAUGCUCACGCCAGGGCUUUGGUCGCUCCUUCGGUUUCGGCAGAAUUGUCUUACAGUGAGCUCCGAGUCGCCAUUAUGGAUCUUCAAAGACAAAUAGCCAGUUUAGGUAUUAAGGCAAAUGAUCCUGUAAACAUUGCAGUUCCUAAUGGUUUGGAAUUUGUCGUCAGCUUCUAUGCUGUUUCCUGGCAAAGAGCUGUCUGUGGACCGCUUAACUCAAAUUACAAGCAAUCGGAAUUUGAGUUUUAUAUUGACGACCUAAAGAGCAAGCUUGUUUUGGUCAACAAGGGCUCUAUCGAAGCCAAUACUCCUGCUGUGCGGGCAGCCAAAAAGCUUUCGGUUACAGUCGCAGAAUUUGCUUGGUGUCCCGAAUCCCGUCUAGUGAAGAUUGUUCGUGUUGAAGGGUCUAAGUCUUCUUCACCUCAGCCCCUUGCUCUUCCUCAUCCUGACGAUAUCACACUUGUUUUGCACACUAGUGGUACUACAGGACGUCCCAAAGUAGUUCCUUUAACCCAUCGAAACCUCUGCCGAAGCAUUCAAAACAUCAGUGCUUCUUACCGCCUUUCUUCACGUGAUACUUCAUACGUGGUAAUGCCUCUCUUCCAUGUCCAUGGUCUCCUGUGUGGACUUCUUUCUACACUUGCAUCUGGUGGCUCUGCCGUCGUCCCUCCUCGCUUUUCUGCUCAAACAUUCUGGAAAGAGUUUGGUCAAUAUGGGGCAACAUGGUACACUGCCGUACCAACAAUUCACCAAAUUUUGUUGCGCACUCCUCUUCCCAACCCACUUCCUCAUAUUCGCUUUAUUCGUUCAUGCUCUUCUCCUUUGGCCCCUCCUGUUUUGCGAAAACUUGAGAAUGCCUUCAAAGCGCCCGUUCUUGAGGCGUACGCCAUGACGGAAGCUUCCCAUCAAAUGACCACGAAUCCACUUCCUCCCCUUAACCACAAACCCAAGUCCGUUGGUGUGCCAUUUGGGGUUGAACUAAAGAUUCUCGAUCCUAAAGGUAAGGAAGUUCCUCAGGGAUCUGAGGGAGAGAUUUGUGUCCGUGGAUCAAAUGUGACUAAGGGAUACCUUAACAACCCAGAAGCAAACAAGUCUUCUUUUACCGAAGAAAACUUCUUCCGUACUGGUGAUGAAGGUAAAGUUGAUGAGGAAGGCUUCGUUUUCAUUACAGGUCGUAUUAAGGAACUUGUCAAUCGUGGAGGUGAAAAGAUUUCUCCAGCUGAGAUUGAUGCUGUCUUGAUGCAGCAUCCUAGUGUUGCUGAAGCCGUUUGCUUUGCUGUCCCUGAUGAAAAAUACGGACAAGAUAUUCAAAGCGCCAUCCAUACGGCAUCUGGUAAGUCGGUUACCGUCAAGGAACUACAAAACUUUUUGGUUCAAAAGAUCGCUGAAUUUAAGGUUCCCAAAAAGUUUUACUUUACAGAUCAGAUCCCCAAGACUGCCACAGGAAAAGUGCAAAGACGCCUUGUUGCUGAUGCCUUUUUCUUUCACCCCAAGGCCAAGAUGUAAUGCUUUUACUUUAAUAAGUGUGAUUUUCGUGUAUAUAAGAAUGAUCAAAUUUUGUUUUUUUUUACCGUCUCACUUCAGUUUUAUGAUACUUCUUCUCUAACUAUAUUAAUUGAAAUAGUAUUAAAGUGUUCAAUCCACAAUUUUUUUUUUUUAUAUAUGUAGAGACCCUUUUUCGUCGUUUUCAUCACUGAGGAGAACUUCCUCACCACAAU